GCAGAAUCCAGAAAUAUAUAUAUAUCAAAAACGACGUCAAUCCAUAUCCUACGACACAUCUUACUGUAUGGUAGCCUUCGUAAAGGAGUCGUAAAGGAGUAAUAGUAAAGACGUCAACACUUGAGAAACACGAACGCGAACGAGGUGGAGAGGGAGGGAGGGAAGGCUCAUCAUGAAAGUACAACGGGUUGGAACACCGUGAAAAGCAAGGGAGAAGGGUGGGGAGGGAACCACAGUACGACGAGACGACUACUGUGGUGGGAGAGGGACGAAAGGGGGGAAGUGAAGGAAAGCAAGGAAAAGACAACGAGAAGGAAAAGAAUGAGAACGUUGAGACUCGGAUCCAUACUACUACUACGUAAGGACAGUACGACAAUUAUCAUCGAUUAUCAAGGUCCAUUGCAAUGAGAAUGAAUAUCCGUGGUUUGAGAGUGUCCAUGCGUGUGUGCCACGUGUGGUGGGUAUCGGGGGGAGGGCAUGACGAAGCCAUGCGAUGCGAUGCGAAUGCUGGAAUGUGGAAUGCUGAUGCGAAGAGAAGAAAUGCGAUGGGACGACGAUGACGAUGAGGGUGAAAUGCAGAAUGAGCGCGGAAUCGCAAUCAUUAAAAGACAACGAUCCGGUCUUGGGAAUAAUCCAGAAGGGCAGGGGUAUCGCAUUACGUUCAGGCAUUAUUACGACGUUGACGAAUCUUGAUGGAAGGAGAAAUCGUAAAUUGAGUUUGGGAGGGUUGAGGAGGGGGGAUUCCCAGAGAGGGAAGGGGAGGCGUGUGUUUCACGCAAGGGAUGACGAAGGGGAAGUCGCAAAGGGAUGAUGAAGGGGGAAGUCGCAAUGGAUGAUGAAGGGGGGAAGUCGCAAAGGAUGAAGGAAUUUGGAGAAGUGGAUUCGAAACGGUUGUGGAUAUGGAGCACCCAUGAGUCUAAAGUCUCCAGGACCCUCGACAAAUACAGAGGAUGAUCCACAUAACAAAUUACGGGAAACUCGGAGACUCGUCAUCGAAAAACGGUGCUGCUGCCAACCAGAAAACAGAAAGAAUGAUUAUCUGGGACGCGGUAUGGGCUUGGGGGUGCAUGGCUGUUAUCGCUUUGGGAUGGUUAUCGCUUUGUGGUAAGGGAUGGGUAUUACUUCGGGAUAUAGAUCGCACGUCAAUCACUAAAGUCCUCCUCAAUCAUCUUCACACGACGCGAAGACACAGAGAGAGAGAGAGAGAGAACUUAAG